UAUGCAAAAUAGCCGUCACGCUACAAUCAAAUGUUCAACUUUGACAACAACAUCUCAACUCCAGCAGAAUGACUUAGACAGUUCUCAUCUGCCUUUCGUUUUCCUUCCAUACAUUCAUCGAGUUUUGUUGUGAGGGGCACCUUGAACGGAAGCUGACAUUGAUAUGAUCGUGUCGCCGUUAAUUCUUUGCUUUGGAGCCUUGUUCAACCUCUACGUCGCGUUGUAUUGCUUUCAGCGCUCAAGAUGGCGGUCCUCAAAUAACUUGAAAUAUUUCGUCGUGUUCCAGACGAUUGUCAACACGGGCAAUUUGUUCGCUCAUCUUGUUUUGCUGCUUCGUGACGAGCUUAAUGAUGUGGACGAGAUCGCAAGAGUGGAAAAUCACACAAUUUGUGACAUCUUGCCCAACAUCACAGCGUGCUUUAUGUCGCUUUCCGUGUUUAACCUCACCGCGUUUGUUGUUGUGCGUUAUUUAACAAACGAGCGCCGAUGGACACUGUCUGCUUUAAAAAUCGUACUCACACUGCUCGCAAUCGUUGUGUCAUCUGGGCUGCUUUUGGCUCCCGCUUUGAGUUAUUUAUAUCAUCAAAUGCCAGUUCUCAAGUGUAAUGGCUGUUAUUGUCCGUCACCGGGGAUGAUUUGGGAGGCCAAUUUCGAUGUAUGGCUCUACGGUUAUAUGGUAAUCUUACUACAGUUUGUCAUCCCAGCGAUAAUUCUUUUUACAGCGGUGCUCAGAGGCCUUGCAAGACAGUUGGAAGAAACGCGUGCAUUGAAAGAGAGUUGGUACAGAUCGCGUUGCGGACUUAAAAGUACAAACAUCGUUACUUUAGCAGUGUGUCUCUUCAUAACAUUUAUUCUGCCAGUAAGAGGAAUUCGCUUUGUCUCCGGAGAACACUUCUUCCCGGAUAGCACGCCGCAAUUCGUUGAGAUGGAACUUCUAAAUUCUGUUUUUUAUAUCCUCGAAAUCUCUUGGGCUGCAAUUACUGCUAUAUUGCCAGUUUGCUUGAAGAAUUUGACUGACGAUGAAAUUUCAGGUAAACAGAAAAAAGAAAACAAUGGUACAAGUCGAACAACAUGCCCUCAAAGCAAAACCUACUGCGAGGCUUUGGUGGAAUUAGAAUUGUGGGAGUAAAGACAAGAUCGAAGGAACAUAAAUAUUCAAGGUUUUCCGACGUUAAUUUUCAACUGGACCGCACUAAAACACAUUUUCCGAAAGUUAUUAGGAAAUAAAGCGCAGCGUCAUGUUACUGAUGCAACCGCCCACCCGUUGCAAGGUAACCUCGUAGUGAAGAUUGAGUGGAAGUUUUGGAUAAGUUACAAAAGAGAAAGGAUGGAGGUAAUUCGGAAUAAUUCAAUUUGGUCGUGGUACGAAUAGAACACACUAGAAACUACUUUUUGCGAAAUCAGGAUUUUACAGACAAAUCGGUGGCUAAUGUUUUUAAGUCAAACUGAACCCACGCGUAGUGACUUUAACUGAAAGUGAAUAUUCUAGCGUAACAAGUUACAAGUUAUUUUUUAUUUUGAAAUAUUUCCCACAUCUAUGCGUUAUCUUCAGAUAAUUUUACAUCUUUAAACUUCAAAAGGUGGAAUGGUGCUAUAUCGACUUAAAUUUGCAAAUUUUUUGAACCCAUGUAAAGCUUGUAUGGAACUGAUCGCUGAUGUUUGUUUUCUUGCCCACUCACGUUCUUUCAUUUGUGAAGCUGAGGUUCAAAUUCGAUGAAUUGGUGGCUUUUACCGCCUACGGCAGAAAUGCUAGGCCAAUUUACGGCUAACGGUUAAUAUCUUUCCAUUGUGGUCACCAGAAAAAUUUUUGCGGUUAAUGUUUUUUUGUUCUCUUUUUUACGACUAACUUUUAAAAUUUGUCAAUUUUUACGCGAACAGCUAAAUUUUUUGGCCGUUGUACGGGUAACAGUUAACCCAAUUGAGACCCUCUAAAAUAUCUAGCAAAACAUACCAGAUGGCUUUCGUCAAUUUGGACCGAAAUUCUUGAUGUCGCCUGGGGGUCUUUAUUCUUUUGUGACUACGACAAAGAAAAGCGACAAAUUUGAGUUUGCUAUAGUGUAGAUAUCAGCGUUGCGCAGAGAAAAAUUUCCCGACAAAGAGGAUUCGAACCUCAAACCUUUGUACUUUGCAGUUAUGAGAGUUCGACGUUAGGUUUGAACCUCCUUGUGGAGUCGAGCGUGAGCAAUCAAGUUACCAAUAAAUAAAAACAAAUAACAUUAUUUCUUCUUUCUAGCUUGCAGAACAGCAGGGCUCGAAUUUAAGUUUUGGAUCACUAACCCUUCGGUUAGUGGACAUCUUUUUUACUAACCAAAUUAUCAAGUUUGGUAUCCAAGCUCACAAGUUACGACAUCUCAGAUAUUAAACAUUUUGACAAUAACGACUAGGACAAAUUAAAGAGUAGCUGAAAUAGCAGGUGACCUUAAAACGUUGACAAUUAUGCACCUA